AUGAACACAGCAACACAAUAUCCUUGUUAUGUUCUCUGCAAAGAGGGACUUACUUUUUUUGAUGACAUUCCAAAGACAUCAACAUUUAACAUUGACUUUGCAAAAGCAAAGCUUGCAGGUUAUGCUCCCAAUAAAGUUAUAAUCAUUGAUGAAAAAGGAAUUGUUGUACUUAACCAAACAACAAAAGAAGUUAUUAAAAGAAUUGAAAUGCUUCAUAUUGAUAGAUUUAGUGUUUCACCUAGUGGGAGAUAUAUUACCGUAUGGCAACUCAUUCCAUUGCAAUACACUCAAGGAGUAAAUGGAUCAGGACCAGUUAAAGUUAAACAAGACCAAACAAAUACAUUAAGUGUAUUUGAUAUUCAAAAAGAAACAAAUGAACCAAUUUUUUCAUUAUUGCAAAAACAAAUUCAUGUCUGGCCAAUUAUUCAAUUCAAUAUCACUGAAACUGUUGCAAUUCAUCUUGGUAGUACUGUAACAUUCUAUAAUGUUUCUGAAUCAUCAUUUGUUCGUGCAGAAAAACAAUUUAACAAUACUGUAGUAAGAAAUUUCGCAUGGUCUACUAAUCCAGAAACACCAGAUACAUUUGCUUUGUUUGUUCCAGAGAAUUCAAAAAAAAAUGUUCCCGCUACAUUUAGAGUUGGUCAUUUUCCUGACAUUGUUCGUGUUAUUUCGUCUUCAACAUUCUUUAAAGCAGGUUCUUCCGAAUUAAUAUGGUCUCCUCGUGCUAAUAUAGUAUUAUGUAAAGCACAAACCAAUAUUGAUUCUACAGGUCAAAGUUAUUAUGGUGAAAGUUUCCUUCAUAUAGUUAAUGUAACUGAUUCAUCUAAAAACAUGAGUCUACCACAACCAGAUGGUCCAGUAUAUGAUGUGUCAUUCAAUAAUGAUGGAAGUUUAUUAGCUUCAGUUGCAGGGUAUAUGCCUGCUACUGUAGAAAUAUUUAGGGUUACUCGACUUGGUAAAUUAGAGUCAAUUAAAAAAUUUCCUAAACAAAGUAGAAAUGAAGUUAAGUUUUCACCUAAUAACCAAUUUCUUGCUGUUGCUGGUUUUGGUAACUGUCCUGGAGAGGUAGACGUCUAUGAGACUACAAAGUGGAAUUUAGUGGCUGAAUUCUCUGCUCAUUGUACUACAGAGUGGUAUUGGACAUACGACUCAAAGGCAUUGGUUUUCUGUGGUUGUUUCCCAAGAAGACAUUUUGACAACUUUAUUAAAGUUUGUCCUAUCAACGCACAAGAGUCACCUUCAAUUGAUUUUGGUGAUAGGUUGUAUCACCUUAAUUUAAAACCUCAAGAACCAAUUAAAGAUGAGGUUCAUUUCACUAUCAUUCAAAAGAAAAAGGAAGAAGAAACAGCUGCAUAUGUACCACCCUCACUUAGAGGAAAACCAUCAUGUGUUGAAGAUGAUAAUGACCCUAUGCCAGGUCAACAUGCCAAGAAAGUUUCAAGAAAACCAAAAAAGAAAACAACUAAGAGUCAAAAGAAGUAA